AUGCGUUUAGGAGCAGAUGCAUCAUUGACUGAGAUCAUGACCAAGAUGGAAAGUGUUUUUGGCAAUGAACUUGAAACCAUCAUGAGUGACUUUUACAAUGCGAAGCAGAAAAAAACCGAGGAUGUUUCAGCAUGGAGUUGUCGCUUUGAAGGAAUACUUGAUAAAGCCAUCCAUUCAGGGAAAGUCAGCAAGCCACAGGCAGAUACUAUGACGCAUGACAUGCUUUGGAAAGGACUUAAACCAGAUAUGAAGCAUAUAAGCCACUAUGAGAAGGAACGCUUUAAGACAUUUGAUCAAUUACGUGUAGCUUUGAGGAGGAUUGAGAAAGAACAUAAUCUUGAUGAACUACCAAAGGUGAAAGCAACAUCAAAACAGGCCAUUGCUAAUGAGAAAGAGGAGGAAUCUGAACUUGCUGCAACACUAAAGCAAAUCAACACACGCCUUGAACAGCUAGAAUCUAGACAACCAAAUAAGCAACAAGAUCAACCAAAUCAACAACAACAAGACACAAAACCACAACCGUACCAACAGACAUUAAAUCAAAACCAGUUUAGAGGUAGAAGUUAUAAUAGAGGUGGUAGAGGAGAUAGAGGUUAUGGAAGAGGUAAUGGAAGAGGUUAUGGCAGAGGUUAUGGUAGAGGUUAUGGCAGAGGUUUUGGUCAGAAUCAACAUCAGUCAACAUCAGACAACAGUUAUAGAACUCAACCUAUUACAUGUUACCGUUGUGGUAGAGACUCGCACAUUGCCAGAGGAUGCCGAGCCAACACUGAUGUCAAAGGCAAACCUUUAAACUAG